CAAACGAAGGCGUUGAGCGCAGACACUGUCGUCAUCUCUGACUUGACUCUUCUCUCCUCUUGCGACGAAACGCCCCGCCCCCACCGCUCUGCAGCUAUAGAUAGAUCUUUUCUUUAUUUGGCUCAUCCAAAACUGCCUUUGAUUCUGCUGGAAAUGGUUAAAACCGCCCCCUGUUUUCUGGAUUUCAUCCCCUCCCCUUCCCUUCCCUUUACAGCUAAACCUUUUCCCUAAUUUAAAUAAACCCUAGCUCCAUACCCAAUCCCUCUGCUCUAGUCCGAUCGCGUACUUUUUGCCUUUUUUCCGCAAUUGGAUUCCACGUAGUUGGACGGAUAGCUUUUGUUGGCUGCGAUUCUGCGACAAUACUGAUUGAAAUUCAUGUCCACCUCGGAAAUUAUGUCCAGUUUCAAGCAUGUCUCGGCCGAGGGAGAUUUCUUCAUUUGGAAGGAGUUUGCGAGCUCUGAUUUCGGAGUGAAUCAGCAGAGUUCUGGAUUGGCGAGGUACCGAUCUGCUCCAAGCUCGUUCCUCGGUGCGCUGUUGGAAUCUACCGGUGAUAAUAGCAGCAGCGGCGAUGAAUCGGAGGCGUUCUUCUCCGCCUUGUUGGAUGCGCCGCCGCGUGAUCUGAAUCAGAAGAGCGGUUACAGUCAGCUGCAAACUCAGUAUCUGAUGAAGCAGGAAGUUGAAAAGGAGUCACCGGAGGUGCAGACCGGGUAUGAGAAUGGAAGCGUCGGCGGAGGUGCGGUGGUUGGAUCUUAUUCCGUCGGAAUGGAGAUCAGCAGCGUUCAUUUGAAUCGUAAUUCCUCCAAUACUCUUGUCAGGCAAAGCAGCUCCCCCGCCGGAUUUUUCAAUGGGAACUACAGCGUCAACAAUCAUGCUGACAAGAGCUCAUCGCAUGGCACUUUGGGCAAUCACAUGGCCUUCUCAUCAGGUCCAUCUUCUAGCUUGAGGUUCAUGCCGAGCAUACCCGAAAACGGAAGUGAAAGAAUUGGUGCAUGUGGCCCUGAAACCAGUCAGAUGAGAAAUGAUAAUAGUGCAUUCCGACAGGGCUCAUGGAACGAAUCUCAGUUCAAAAGCUUGAAAAGAAACCGGGAUAGCGAAGACAAUAUGUUUUCCAACUUCAAUGGAUUGGAAAAUCUGAACGAUGAAACAAGCAAAAAAUCUUCUGGUUUAGUUCACCACUUGAGCCUUCCCAAAAAUACCAGCAAAGUGGCAGUGGUGGAAAAAAUUCUCCAUUUUCAGCAAGAGACAACGGUGCCGUGUCAAAUGCGAGCAAAACGAGGUUGCGCCACUCAUCCAAGAAGCAUUGCUGAAAGGAUGAGACGGACUCGGAUUAGUGAGAAAAUGAAGAAGCUGCAAGAUCUUUUCCCAAACAUGGAUAAGCAAACAAACACGGCUGAUAUGUUGGACUUGGCAGUCGAUUACAUUAAAGACCUUCAAAAACAAGUUCAGGUAAUAAUACAGACAACCUUCUUUAAUCAAAAGAUAGUUACAAGUUCAGGUGCUCACGGAUGCAAAGUCGAAGUGUAGUUGCUCAAGUAAACGUCAAUGACGAAUGUGUCCUUUCCCACGAUGCUUCUGGUACAACGACUAAACCGUGGUAGAUAAGCUUAGAUUGUUUGUAUCUUGAUUCACCUAGUAAGGCCUCGAUGCUUGUUUGAGCCUGAAAUUCCUUCAUGCGAUAAUUUAUCAAAAAUUAUUGCAUAAACCAUGACAGAGGCUUAUCUCAAUUAUGUAUAGGUUUACACGUUUCACCUUGCAGUCCAUAGUAUGCGUCUUCGAAUUGAUUUAGUUUUGUAAUUUCAUCGAUAACUUGUGUAUAGAAGGUGCUUAAAUGCAUUCCUCUUUUGUCGAA